UCUCUCUCUUUCACACACACACACUCUCUAGACUCUGCACUAAGCCCCUAUCUCUAUGAUACAUCAACAAGGCUUAGUAUGAGGAGUAGUACUAAAAACAUUUUACAAGUUUGAGAAAGAGAGAGGAGACCAAGGAGAAGUGACCAGUUUCUUUGUGCUUCUGGGGAUCUCUAGCUAGCUCUUUCUCUCUUUUAUAAAUUGGUUUUCUCACUCAAAAAUCAAAGAAGAUCAGAUCCAAGGUGGUUAAUCUCCGUCGAACAGUCAAUCAAUCAAUCAAAUCAAAAGUAGUAAGGAAUCAAAAAGAUGUCCUCCUCAUCUGCCUUUUCACCGGACCACCUCUCCCCCACCUCCGACCAGCUCUGUUACGUCCAUUGCAACUUUUGUGACACUGUCCUCGCGGUGAGCGUUCCUUGCACUAGUUUGUUCAAGACUGUUACGGUUCGAUGCGGUCACUGCACCAACCUCUUGUCCGUCAACAUGCGUGGACUGCUUCUUCCUGCUGCUAAUCAGCUUCACCUGGGACACUCUCUCUUCUCUCCUCAUAAUCUUAUGGAGGAGAUCCGCAGCCCACCGUCCAAUACGUUAAUCAAUCAGCCCAACCCGAAUGAGGCGGUCAUGCCGGUGCGAGGAGUCGAUGAGAUACCGAAACCCCCUGUAGUUAACAGACCCCCGGAGAAGAGACAGAGAGUCCCAUCUGCUUACAACCGAUUCAUCAAGGACGAGAUCCAACGUAUCAAAGCUGGAAAUCCAGGCAUAAGUCACAGAGAGGCCUUUAGUGCUGCUGCAAAGAAUUGGGCCCACUUUCCACACAUUCACUUUGGUCUCAUGCCUGAUCAACCCGUGAAGAAAGCUAACGUGCGCCAACAGGAAGGAGAGGACAUGCUCAUGAAAGAUGGUUUCUUUGCUCCUGCCAAUGUGGGUGUCUCCCCCUACUAACUACUGAAACUAUUAGGGUUUCUUUGUUCUUCUUCUUCUCUCUCCUUUUCUUUUCUUUCCUUUCCUGUGAUUAGGGCUUUUGUUUUAAGCUUUUCUUUUAAUUUCCAGAGGAGUGUUGACACUUUGGGAUGCUUUCCUUUGCUUAUGUUAUGAAUGUGGGAGAUGAUUUUGAGGUUCAACUACUAAUUUCCCUAAACCCCAUCUUAGAUGGAUGCAA